UGUCCCCGGGCCAAGAUGGCGGCGCGGUGCUCUACACGCUGGUUGCUGGUGGCCGUGGGGACUCCGCGGCUGCCGGCUGCAGCGGGGAGGGGGGCUCGGCCGCCCAUGGGGGGCGUGGUGGGGGCGUCGCUGGGCCGCAGUCUGAGCGUCCCAGCCUUUGCGCCUUCCCUGGGAGCUCGUGGUCCCGGGGCGCUGCUGACAUUGAGACCGGGUGUCAGCCUCACAGGAGUAAAAAGUUACCCUUUUCUUUGUACUGCCUCCUUCCACACGAGCGCCCCUUUGGCCAAAGAGGAUUAUUACCAGAUAUUAGGAGUGCCCCGAAGUGCCAGCCAGAAGGAGAUCAAGAAAGCUUAUUACCAGCUCGCCAAGAAAUAUCACCCAGACACGAAUAAGGAUGAUCCCAAAGCCAAGGAGAAGUUCUCCCAGCUGGCAGAGGCCUAUGAGGUCCUGAGUGAUGAAGUGAAGAGGAAGCAGUAUGACACCUAUGGCUCUGCUGGCUUCGAUCCUGGGGCCAGCAGCUCUGGGCAGAGCUACUGGAAAGGAGGCCCCACUGUUGACCCUGAGGAGCUCUUCAGGAAGAUCUUUGGGGAGUUCUCAUCCUCCUCUUUUGGAGACUUCCAGAGUGUGUUCCAUCAGCCCCAGGAGUACAUCAUGGAGUUGACAUUCAAUCAAGCUGCCAAGGGUGUCAACAAGGAGUUCACCGUGAACAUCACUGAUACCUGUGAGCGGUGUGGUGGCAAAGGGAACGAGCCCGGCACCAAGAUGCAGCACUGCCACUACUGCGGUGGCUCCGGCAUGGAAACCAUAAAUACAGGCCCUUUUGUGAUGCGCUCCACAUGUCGGAGGUGUGGUGGCCGGGGCUCCAUCAUCACGUCUCCUUGUGUGGUGUGCAGAGGAGCAGGAGAAGCCAAGCAGAAGAAGAAGGUGGUGAUCCCUGUGCCUGCCGGAGUCGAGGAUGGCCAGACUGUGAGGAUGCCUGUAGGAAAAAGAGAAAUUUUCAUCACAUUCAGGGUGCAGAAAAGCCCCGUGUUCCGGAGGGACGGUGCAGACAUCCACUCCGACCUCUUCAUUUCCAUAGCUCAGGCCAUUCUGGGAGGCACCGCCAGAGCGCAGGGCCUGUAUGAGACCAUCAACGUGAUGAUUCCCCCUGGGACUCAGUCAGACCAGAAGAUUCGCAUGAGCGGGAAAGGCAUCCCCCGGAUUAACAGCUAUGGCUAUGGAGAUCACUACAUUCACAUCAAGAUCAGAGUUCCAAAGAGACUGACAAGCCGGCAGCAGAGCCUGAUUCUGAGCUACGCUGAGGAUGAGACCGAUGUGGAGGGGACAGUGAACGGCGUCACCAACACAAGCACUGAAUUGUAUUCCAGUGGGAAAUUUGGCUGCCAGACAUAAUUCUUUGAAAGGCAUUUAAGAAUCUUAGUAAUGGCUUCAAAGAAUGCAUUGUCAGUCAGUCUGCUACCUGGGUGUGGUUAAGCCUCUUGUUACACUGUGAAGAAAGUUACCUUUGCAGUCCACGUGUGAAAACACACCAGUGUACAAAAUUCCCCUCCUGUCAACUUCCUUAAGGUGACUCCUAUUUAUUUAAGUAGAGCCUGAAUCUCUUUUAUUAAAGUUUUACUAGAAGCAGUUGCUUGCAGUCAUCAGUGGUUCUUGGGCUAAAGUGUCAUUUCUUAAUAGCCUCUAAGUGAGAUAGUCAUCGGAGACUGUCACUGCAGAUACAAACGGAUUCCUGGGUGUCUUUGCUUUCAUUACGGGAAGGCAUUUGGAAUAGUUACAAUUAUGUAGGAAACUGACGCAAAGUUUUUGGUGGGUUUAGUAUCCCUUGUUUACUUUUGUUCCCUAAAGCCCCUGCUGAAAACCUUAAUGUCUGACCCUGGCUUCAUUCCCAGUCUGUGAAGCAGAAGACCGUAGUGAGCUUGGGACCCUUAGUGCUCUCGGGGGCCUGGGGUGCUCUGAGGUACCACGUGGCCUUUUGGGUUUAGAGACAGUGUGGCUCAUUGUUUGUGUUUCUGGAUCAUCAUUAAUUCCUGUGACAACCCACAUACGUACACUUAGCUGUCGUGUAGGAGCCUGUUCCAUAGCUCAUUAUUUGGGGAUCCCACUGCGUUCUCUUCUCUGACAAGCUGACAGUUGACUAUAGAGCCCCUUUAUCUAGGCAGGGUGGAGGCAAGAGGAAGAUGAGGGAAGAGACAUUUUAGUGGAACAAGGGGUGCUCCACUGGCUCAGUCUGUGUGUGUAGACGGCUCAGGGAGUCAGGCUGUGAGUGUAGACCCGCACCUCUACCUGUAGGGUGGGUCCAGUCCUCAGAAGUCAUCCUGGAGUCCUGUUGGCUUCUCUGUUUCUUCACACAGAUGGUCAUUGAGCAUUUGCCACGUGAUAAGCAAUGCACAGAGAGACAGGGUCCCUGCCCCAUCCAGCUUACAGUGUGAGUGGGGAGGACAGGGCAAGCACUGAACCCCCAAAUAAGUGUUAGACCUUGCUUAUAACACUAGGGGUUUGUGACUGUGGAGAAAGGUGGUACACAUUCCCAGAAUGAAUGUUACCUGGUUAUUCUUCAUUUUGUAAAGGGCCAUCAAACACUUAUGACUGGGAAUCGCUGCCUGUAGGCUGGGAGCAUGUCCUCUUUGAAUCCCCUGCACGUGCACAGCGCCUGUUAGCUGAGUUUAUCUGAAUUCAUUUUCCUUCUGAGGGAUGGAAAUGUAACCCCUGCUCGGGCAAGCUGCGUGUGGUCUGAUAGAGGAGUCCUGUGCCUCGGGUCUGACCUCUGCCUGAGGUUGGCUGAGCAGCCCCUCCGCUCUGGUCACCUCCUGAAGGUGCAGACUGGAAACGCUCAUGCAGUGCCUGUGCAGCUGGAGGGAUCAUGGGCAUUUCCUGUUUAUCCUAAGUGCAGGAAUCAUGUGCCAGCUUGUAUCCUGUAAUGAAACCAGAAGGCACCUGAGUGCUCAGGACAUCCUAUAAGGACACGUCCCUCCUCCCAUGAGCCAGAAAAGUGAUGUAGGUAUAGACUGCAUCAUCCGUGUGCAGAGGCUCACAGUUUAUCCCUGACUUUCGGUUCAGAAUUUUAAAUUCAGUGUUUAAAUCCUUUGAUGUCCCUGUCAGUAAGCCUUAUUCCUGAAGGAGCCCACAUUUAAAAUAUAGAGAGAUAAGAAUGUGUUCUGGUGGCAGGGGGUGAGAAUUUCCAGGUGUGUCUGUGUUCUGUUUUAUUUUUUGGUUUUGAAUCAUUAACCCGCUAACUAGGUAUUUAUUCUGGCUCUCCCAGACUUUGGCCAAACGCUGUGGCCCCGGGGCAUGACUGCAGGGACAGCAGAGUGGGGGUGGGGGUGAUGGUGGUCACUGAGUGUUUCUGUGCCCCAUUGUGACUAAUAGUUAAGAGCUUGGGUUCUGCUAUCAAAUGAUUCAGGUCCCAGCUCUGCCAUUUUUAGCUAUAAAGCCUUAGGCAAAUUUCUUCACUUCUGAGCCUCAGUUGCCUCAUCUAUAAAUUGGGGAUAAUAGUAGCAUCUACUUCAUAGGGUUCUUCUGUGAUUAAAUAAGAUCAUGUGGAUAAAGCAUUUGGCACGAUACCUGGCACAUGUUAAAAGCUCCAUCAGCAGCAGUAACUCAUAGUGUGAGACACACACACACGUGCACACACACACAGACUUGCUGUCCCCUCACCAAGGACAUAACAAAAUUCAAUACUUUUGCCAUGCCUUGCCUUGUCCGAGGAGGCCCAGGAAAUUUCUGGUUUGUGGAUUCCUUUGUGUUAGGAGAGUCCUUUUUUGUUACUUAAGUCUUUAUGUAAGAAAAGGGGACGUGAAGGACUGAAGGAGGGCACACCUGGCCUUGUAACCUGCGGCCAUGGAUGCCUCUCACAGGGGCCUGCCGCCGUGACUGUGCAGUGCCCGGGUCCUCACCUGGGGAGCCCUGGGCAUCGGGCUUUUGUGGUUGCUCAGACCUCUGUCAGCACAUUCUUGUUUGGGGCCACCGCUAUCUCUCUGAGGACAUUCCUGACUUAGGAGAGCACAUCAGGUCCAGAGGACGGCCCGGGGGGCUGUACCCAGGACAACCUGCCCCACCCCUGCUGGGGGCCUGUUGCCCAGAGCUUUGGGCCUCUCACCAACAAAGGCGUCUUAGACUGAGAUCUUGGAGACGUGACCAUUUUGUACCCUCGACGUGCUGUACUUGAUGUACAUCUCCUAGCAUGUUGAGAUGUGCUAAUUCUCCUAGCACAAUGAAAAAUAUUGAGUACAGUCCAGCUCAUAACAAGUUGGCCCUCUGCCUCGUGGUUGGCAGGUCUUUAAAACGAUGUGUUAGUGCAGCAGAGUUGCUCUCAGUGGGCCCUCAAGAAACAGCAGAUCAGCCUCCCUUUAUCUGGAGCAUUGGGAGCCAGAUGCUUGCCCAGUGACACACAGGGUCCUCGGCUGCCAUUGUCAUAGAUGAGAAGUGCGCAUGUCCUGGGAUCCCCAGGUGUCCCGGAGACGGUUUGUGUGCCCCGACAGGCUGUGGAAGCUGGUUGGUUGGUCUUGGUGCGUGUUCUUCACUUCUCAGAGCCGGUGAGUGAGAGCCUGGACUUUGGCAUCUGACUGCUUGGGUCUCAUCUCGGGCCUCCUGCCUGCUUACCGGCUCUGUGACCUUGGGCAUGCCACCUAACCCCUUUGUGCCUCUGGUUUUUGGUUUUUUCAUCUGUGGAACUUACCUGUAAGGUUAGCCUAAGGAUUGAACGAGCUAAUGUGGAUGCCGUGUGGCCUGGCCCAGAAGACAUCUGGCACUUGGCUCUAUUUCUAUUACGGUUGUUAAGGUAGAGACAGCUCCUUUUUGUCCCUUUCUAUUUCUUGUCUUCCUUUCGAGGGCCAGUGACUCGAGGAGCAGUUGGGAUGCUCCGAAGUGCUGAGUCAUCUGACAGGCGGGGCAGCCCUGGCCAAUCGGGGUGCAGCCCCCUCUGCUCUCCGGGUGGCGCUUGGUGGCUCCUUCAGUGGCGAGCCCUGGGUAGCCAGGCGGGACCUGGGAUGGGACACAUGGAGGUGUGCGCCCUUGACCCCAGUUCUCUCUGCUGUUUGU